GCGGAGCUCCGAUUGUGUCGCCGGGCACGGCCGUUGGCUCCUUCGACCGAACAAGCGUGGCCCACAUUUGCCAUUCUUGCACUUCUGGUGGUGGAUAAAAAACAUGGACAUUUGCGAAUAAUUCGUGCACUAGAUCCAAGUCGGGUGGCCUUUUGCAGCUGACAGGUGGUGAUUGUGUUUAAGUGCAGGCCAAGAAUGGCCGGAUUUUGUACAUAAAGAGGCAGAAAUAUUUGUGUGUGGUGGCCUCGGGCCUCUCUCUUUGGAUGGCACGGAGAAGACGGGACCGAUCUUCUGGGAUCUCGACAUGACUCUCUUUGGGGACUUAUCCGUGAACGAGCAACACGACAUAGCUGCUGCAGGCCCGAAAUAUUGACACCGAAAACAUCCGAAUUCUGGUGAUUCGGGGUCCAAUGGCCACAUAGCAUUGCUCGAGGAUUGUCUUUUGGGUGGGUCAGGCCUUUACCGUCGUCGCGAUGUCCACGGCCAAAGUGCCGAUUUACCUGAAGCGCGGAAGCCGCCGCGGGAAGAAGGAGAAGCUCCGCGACAUCCUCUCCUCGGACAUGAUCAGCCCGCCACUGGGGGACUUCCGGCACACGAUCCACAUCGGGAGCGGCGGGGAGAGCGACAUGUUUGGGGACAUCUCCUUCCUCCAAGGGAAGUUCCACCUCCUGCCGCGGUCCGAGAGCAACCUCAGCGAGGGCGGAGGCGGCGCCCGUUACGUGGUGCCCUUCGAGUUCUCCCGCACCGCCACCAUCUCCGGCUAUGACCCGCCGCCGGCAGAUGUCCCGUCGCCACUCCUGAAGAACGCCAUCUCCCUCCCGGUCAUCGGCGGGCUGCAGGCCUUGACCUUGCCUCCCGCUCAAGCCCCGCCAAAGCCGCCGCGCCUCCACCUCGACGACAAGGCUCCGGCGGCCGCGCGGAUGCCAGAUACGGAGCCGAACCCGAACCCGACCGACGGCACUCGGACUGUGGCUAACGGCAAGUGCGCGGCUCCUUUGAACGGGGACAACGACGACGAGGGCGUCAUGCUGUCUCACGCCGGGUCGCUCCUCUCCCUCCACGUGGAUUUGGGGCCCUCGAUCCUGGACGACGUCCUCCAGGUGAUGGACAAGCAUCACACCGAGGAGGCGGCUGCUCCGUUGCGGGACUCUGUCUGGCAGCAACGUCUGACGUGAUGCGGCGAACGGGACUCAGGACCUUCCGAACACUGAAGCUGGACCGGUGUGUGUGUGUGGACAUGUGUGAGGUCUUGGAUACUAACAGUGUACGUACGUCCUCCCCGCAGACACUUCCGUAGUUUUGCAAACUAUGGCUACCUCUCCCUCCGAUGUGCCAAGGAAAAAAAACCCCAUGAAAUUUAUCCGGUUGCAAGCCACUAACAACACCUGCCUCCGCCCCCACGCUGCUGUGUUAUCUGUAUUCGAAACAAAGCAAUAAAUUCACGAACAUUA